AUUUUUCUCCCUUUGCUUGGGGGUACGAGAAACGCCCCCACUCACUCUCUCUAUAGAUUUCAAACUGUUUCUCUUUCUUCCACCGUCACAACUCAACUCAAGGGUUUCACCGAUCUCUCUGCAACUCCAAUCCCCAAUCCCUCUCUCGCCCUACUUUCUCUCACUACACGAAUCGAUCUCGAUUUCACUAUCCAUGGCCGACGAGCCAGUCUCUUCGUCCUCGUCUUCAUCUGCUACUCCGUUAGGUCACUCUGUGAUCCCAAUCGUGAACAAGCUCCAGGACAUCUUCGCACAGGUCGGGAGCUUAUCGGUGAUCGAGCUUCCUCAGGUGUGCGUUGUCGGAAGCCAAAGCAGCGGCAAAUCUAGCGUCCUCGAGGCGCUCGUCGGCCGCGACUUCUUGCCGAGGGGCUCCGACAUCUGUACGCGGCGGCCUUUGGUCCUUCAGCUGUUGCAGACGAAGCGGAAGGCUGAUGGCACUGAAGAGGAGUAUGGUGAGUUCUUGCACUUGCCGGGGAAGAGGUUCUUCAAUUUCAAUGAAAUUCGUCAGGAAAUUCAGGCUGAGACAGAUAGGGAAACAGGAGGAAAUAAAGGUGUUUCUGACAGGCAGAUUCGGUUGAAAAUUUUUUCUCCAAAUGUUCUUGAUAUUACACUGGUUGAUUUGCCGGGUAUAACAAAGGUUCCUGUUGGUGACCAGCCUUCUGAUAUUGAAGCACGAAUCCGAACAAUGAUAAUGUCAUAUAUUAGGGUUGAUACCUGUUUAAUUCUAGCUGUUACACCAGCAAAUUCUGACCUAGCAAACUCAGAUGCUCUUCAGAUAGCUGGAAAUGCCGAUCCUGAUGGUAACCGGACAAUUGGUGUAAUCACAAAGUUGGAUAUCAUGGAUAGAGGAACCGACGCCCGCAAAUUUUUGCUAGGAAAAGUGAUUCCCCUUCGACUUGGUUACAUAGGUGUUGUGAAUCGUAGUCAGGAGGAUAUUAUGCUUAACCGCACUAUUAAGGAUGCCCUCGUGGCUGAAGAGAAGUUCUUUCGCAGUCGUCCAGUUUAUAGUGAUCUCGCUGAUCGUUGUGGUGUUCCCCAAUUAGCAAAGAAGUUGAACCAGAUCCUAGUACAACAUAUAAAGAAUAUCCUUCCAGAAGUGAGGGCACGCAUAAAUAAUGCACUGUCUUCUGUUGCAAAGGAGUAUGCUAGCUAUGGAGAAAUCACAGAAUCAAAGGCAGGUCAGGGAGCUCUUCUUCUGAACUUUCUUUCAAAAUACUCUGAAGCAUUCUCUUCAAUGAUAGAGGGGAAAAAUGAAGAAAUGUCAACAUCUGAGCUGUCCGGCGGAGCCCGAAUCCAUUAUAUUUUCCAGUCAAUAUUUGUAAAGAGUUUGGAGGAGGUGGACCCAUGUGAGGACUUAACUGAUGAUGAUAUUCGUACUGCCAUUCAGAAUGCAACCGGUCCUAGAUCUGCAUUGUUUGUACCAGAAGUUCCUUUUGAAGUUCUUAUUCGGAGGCAAAUAUCUCGUUUGUUAGACCCAAGCCUUCAAUGUGCUAGGUUCAUUUACAAUGAGUUAUUUGCGAUGAGCCAUAGAUGUAUGGUCAACGAACUGCAGCGAUUUCCUGUUCUACGAAGACGCAUGGAUGAGGUUAUAAAGAACUUUCUACAAGGCGGCCUUCAACCCUCAGAGACAAUGAUUGGACACAUUAUUGAAAUGGAGAUGGACUACAUAAACACUUCACAUCCGAAUUUUAUUGGUGGGAGUAAAGCUGUAGAGAUUGCAUUGCAACAGAUCAACUCUUCUAGGGUAGCUGCAUCCGUUCCUAGGCAAAAGGAUGCAGUAGAUUCAGAGAAAGCAUCAACAUCUGAAAGAAGUUUCAAAUCACGUGCUAUUAUUUCCAGAUCAGUGAAUGGAAUGAUCCCUGAGCAGGGAGUUCGGACUGUUGCAGAUUUCGAGAAAACGACGGCUUCUGGAAACACAACUGGUUCAAGUUGGAAGAUUUCAUCAAUUUUUGGUGGGUCCAAUAAUCGUAUGCCUAUCAAAGAGGACUCAGCAAGCAAGUUUUUUGAUGAGCCUGUUCAGAGCAUGGAGCAUGCCUUCUCUAUGAUCCAUUUGAGAGAGCCGCCAUCCAUCUUGAGGCCUUCAGAAACGCAUACGGAUCAGGAGACUAUCGAAAUUCAAGUCACAAAGCUGCUCUUGAGGUCCUAUUAUGACAUUGUUAGAAAGAACAUUGAGGAUUCUGUUCCUAAAGCAAUUAUGCACUUCCUGGUAAACCACACAAAACGAGAGCUGCAUAAUGUCUUCAUUAGAAAGCUUUACAGAGACAACCUAUUCGAAGAGAUGUUGCAGGAACCUGAUGAGGUGGCAACGAAGAGAAAGCGUACCCGAGACACACUUCAUGUUCUUCAACAGGCGUCCAGUACAUUGGAUGAAAUACCACUUGAUGCAGAUACGGUUGAGCGGGGUUAUCCAACGGGCUUGCCAAAGAUCCACGGGCUUCCAUCGUCAUCUUUAUAUUCCAUGAGCAAUGGUUCAACUGAAUCCUACACAGCUUCUCCUAGGAACCCGACCUCCCGUACGUCAUCUCAUUCCGGGGAACUACAGUCACCGUUCUAUGCUAAUGCAGAUUCGAACGGGAAUGGAAGUGGACGUAAUGGCGGUUCAAUUUUCUAUCCUACGGUUUUUGAUCAGUAAACAAUUUGAAAGAAUGCAUGCGAUCGUAUUCUUGUGGUUACUCACUAUCCGACAUUCUCACACAAUAUCGGUAGCUAUUUUUUAAGAUCUGCUUUGACCCCACUUAUAAAUUCCCUUUUGUUCCUUGUUAUAUAUGGUUGGUUAUAAAUGCAUUGUGUUACAAUGCUCCUAUCAGAAUAACAGGAGCAGUUAAUUCCCUCUAUUAUAAUAGGCCAGCAUUUUUUUUUUAAUGCAUUUAACUCGAGUAAAAAAAGCAAUUAUAUUUGGUUGCUUAGAGUGAUUUAAUUUUUUUAAUUAAUUACUGUGUUACUUCUAGAUUAGUCUUGUGGUGAAGAGUAGUGUAUAGUAACCAUAUAUUUUGGGAAGCUCUGUAAUUGAACCUUAAAGUGAUUAUAGUGUUUCAUUGGUUAUCCACUAGUAUCAGUGAAUAAUUUUUAUGCA